AUGAUAAAUAAUACUUCGAACGAGACUUCAGUGGAUAUUGUAACAAUGAAACAUGAAUCAGAACGAACUGUUCGUCCUCAUCGUCGUCGUCGUCGUUCUAUUAUUCGUGAAUUCUGUUUGAAUACAUCAACUCAUGCUCUACCAGCAAUUGCUCGAAGUGAAAAUCAUUAUAAUCGUGCAUUUUGGUUGAUUUCAUUUUUAAUUUUUACUAUCAUAAUGAUCUAUUUUACAGUUGCAGCAAUAAUGAGCUAUUUUAAGUAUCCAACAUCAAUCGAUAUAUCUUAUGAUAGUGAUUGGCAACAAUAUUUUGCAGCAGUUAGUUUUUGUAAUAUUGCAGCACUUCGCUUUGAUCGAUUCAUUGAACCUUUUUUGAACUAUACGAAUUCUCUAAAUAUAACAAAUACAAAUGAUACAACAACAAUAUCUGAAUAUCAAUCGCAAUUUAUUUGGCCUUUUCUUAUUGAUCAAGUUAAUAAAAAUGUAUCAUCGGAAGAUUACUUUUUUCCAUUAUCAUCAAUGCUUCAAGAAUGUAUAUACAAUUUUGAAACAUGUACAUCAGCUGAUUUCAUUUCAUUUAUAUCACCAAGUUAUGGUCUAUGUCAUACAUUUAAUGCUAAAUUGAAAAAUAGUACAGAUGAUAGUCUUCGACUUGGAAAUUUUUAUGGUGGUUCUGGUAUUCUCAGUCUAAGCCUUUAUGUUAAUAGUUAUCAAUAUGUACCCUACUCGACUGAUGCUGCUGGUGUAUUAGUUCUUAUUCAUGAUAAUAGACAAGUACCAAUGAUUGAAACGAGUGGUGUUGAAUUAGGACCUGGACGAAGACAUAAAAUAAGUUAUAGAAAAAAGAAAACUAAUUUUUUAUCUUCACCUUAUACUGAUUGUACAGAUAAUAUUUCGAAUUCAAUGAAAGCUAUGUUUAAUAAUUAUUAUCCAGCAGAUUAUGUUUAUUCUCAAAGUAGUUGUUAUCAAAUAUGUCAGCAAACCUAUGUUUAUGAACAAUGUGGUUGUGUUUUUCCAUAUCUAUGGUAUAUACGUUGGAUUAUUCUACCAGGUACAGAUGAUAUAAUAUUUGCACCUGUUUGUCAUCCACAGGAUAGCUGUUUUAACAUCGCAUCUAAGAAACUUUUUGCCUCUACAUCACUUAUGAAAUAUUAUUGUUCAGAUUGUUCACAAGAAUGUUCAACAAGUAGUUUUGUUCUUCAAACAUCAUCGUCAAUGUCAUAUAUUGAUUACAACAUAGAUAAGAUUAAAAAUUUUGUCGAAACUUCUUCAAUGCCAUUACCAAAUAAUUGGACAACAACAUGGCGUCAAUAUAUUUACGAAAAUUAUCUUAGUGUAAAUAUUCUACAUGAAACAACUAUCACCGAAACGAAUACCCAAAUAUCAACACUUGGUGUAGUUGAUAUUAUUUCAAAUAUUGGAGGUCAAACAGGUCUAUGGAUUGGUAUUAGUUUUUUGUCAAUUGUGGAAUUUAUCGAAAUGAUCUAUCGAUUAUUGAGAUAUCAAGUACAUUUGAUACGAGAAUCAAUACACAGAAAAAUUAACAUAAUACAGUAA